AUGCCUUAUCACAGAAGAAACAUUAGAUACUCCAACAAAAUUAAUAGGAGUGGUUCCAACAGAAAUUCAUCCAAUUACAAUAACAACCAUUACAAUCGUAACAACAAUCACUACAAUCGCAAUAAUAACCAGUACAAUGGCAGCAACAACCAUAAUCACAACAAUGAAGAUUCAAAUUACUAUCAUACUGGCCCAAGUGCUGCAGUCAUGGCACAAAUUAGAAUUAACCGUAAGAAUAAUGACCCUUCUGUUUCCAGUAUCCAAGUUUUUGAUGGAAUUACUAAAAGACAUCAGGCCGGGAUUGUUCUUAGUGAUAUUUCUUACAGACUUAAUGCUAAGACAGCUGAUGUUAAUUCACUGAAAACUUCAGAUAAUUAUAGACAAUUAACUACCUCUGAAACUUAUGCAGUUGUUAAACCUCAUCUUGUUCGUCAUUCUGCUAAUUGGUUUCGCUGA